UCGUACUUUCGAACGUGUCUUUCAAGAGAAAGCUCGGAAGAAGCGUAAAAGACAAAGAUGAAGAGGUUUUGGAAAAUCAAUAUAUUUACUGGGUUUCUAACAUUGUUCUCUGGUUUGUUAACUACUAAUGCAAACCCAGGGAUACGCCUUCGCUUUACUGACAAAGGUCUCCAGUUGGUGGACACAGUAGCGAUCCAACUUCUGAAUGAGAAAGUCAAGACAGCAACGAUCCCUGACAUAUCUGGAGAUGCUGAUACACCGGUCGGCCAUAUCUCUUACUCUCUGUCAAGCGUGCACUUCAAUUCUCUCUCAAUUCCUUCGUCGACUUUCAAGACGGAUCCAGGCGUGGGACUCACCCUCCAGAUCUCAAACGCACAAGUGUCCUUGAGCGGGAACUGGCACUAUCGCAAAGAUCACUGGCCGCAUAUUAGUGACAGUGGGAGUUUUGACUUGGAUGCAAGCGGGCUAGCUUUGUCAGUUAGCGCAAAACUUGGCGCAGAUAGCACUGGUCACCCAACCAUUGCCACAUCCAGCUGCUCUAGUUCAGUAGGAGACGUGAAUAUCCAUUUUCAUGGUGGUGCAAGUUGGCUUUACAACCUUUUUGACAGCUACGUAGCAGGAAAAAUUAAAGAUACUCUGCAAGAUAAGCUUUGUCAAGAAGUAUCAGAGGUUAUAAACAACAAUGCCGAAAAGGAGCUUUCAACUUUUCCAGUAAAAAAGCAGAUCGAUCGAUACGCUCUUAUAAACUAUUCUCUGGUUUCAAGUCCAGUCUUUAAUGAGUCUUACCUGGACGUUUUCAUUAAAGGAGAGUUUCAGUCUGCAACAGACCCAAAAGAGGCUCCAUUUUCGCCUGUAAGCCUCCCUACGGAUUCAGAAUCAGCAAAGAUGGCGUACGUUUGGUUAACUGACUACGUUUUUAACACAGCCGGGCUCGUUUAUCAAGAUGCUGGUUUUCUGAACGAAACUGUCACUCCGUCGAUGCUUCCUCCAAAUUUUUCUUACCCUUUAAACACGUCGACAUUUAAAUUGAUCAUACCAAAGUUAUACCUGAUGUACCCAAACCGUCCAAUGAAGCUGGUUGCACACUCCACUUUGCGCCCUACCGUAACCACAUCCUCAUCAGGAAUAGCCUUGACAAUGACUGGUCAGGUGGAAACUUACGCACAGUUAGAAAAUGGUUCAUUUGUGUACACCUUCACAAUGGGACUGAACAUUUCUGCCAGCGUGAAGGUUGCAGUGAGACAAACAAACGUCACCGGUCAUGUGGAUUCAGUCAAAGUGAAAGUCAGUCUGAUCAAGUCUGCCAUUGGAGACAUAUCGAUCAACAUGAAGCUUCUUCAAUUCGCUUUGGAUGCUUUUGCAGACCAGAUAAUUGCCAAGCAACUAAACAAAAUUGGCGACGUUGGCUUUCCUUUGCCAGUAGUGGACGGAGUUCAGCUGGUAAAUGCUGAAGUGACGCCCGGAAAGGGCUUCAACUUGAUUGCAACAGAUGUGAAAUAUUCUCCUGGUAAAAGUGAUGCUACUGAUAACCGUCCACGAGGAAGAAAUAAGAUAGUCAUAGUUUAGUCUUCGACGAGUCGCUUGAAAUUUAGCAGUUCUCCCAGAGUUAGUCAAAUUGACGAGCCAAAAUGGAAUGGGUUUUAAAUAGAUGAUCGCCGCUGAUUGUGUCAAGAUUCAUAAUUUGAAUCAAAAUGCUGUAAUAAGUAAAGCCACCAUCCUUUAGUUGUUGUGACCAAUUGCCUGUUAAUGUGGACCGAUGGCUUUUGCCUCUAGCUGAUAACAAACUAAUGGUGAAUAUUCUAGUUCAUUGUGAAUGAUCAUGAAUUAGUAUCAACGAAAAACAAUAAACGUUUAUAUGAUAUUAGG